GUGUCUCCAUCUACACAAAACAAGCAAGUUGUACAAAUAACAAAUGUUCACUAUUUUGUAAUUUAUUAUAAUUUAUGAACCUAGUUAAUAAGUGUAAUAUAAAAAGAAGAGAAUGAAUUCUCAAAAAUCAAAAUUAAAGAUUUUAGCAAUUCAUGGAUUUCGACAAUCCGAUAAAAUAUUUAGUGCAAAAUUAGGAUCAUUGAGAAAGAGUUUUAAAAAGGAAGUAGAUUUUCUAUUUAUUAAAGCUCCUCAUAAAGUUCCAAUUGAAAAUAAAUCAGAUUGUAUUGAAGAACCUGCUGAAAAUGCCAAUGAAUUUGAACAAUAUGGAUGGUGGUUUAAUACAGAAGAUAAAAUAUUUAAAGCUACAGAACUAAGCAAUAAAUCAGUAGGCUUUGAUGAAAGUCUUGAAUUAGUAAAAAAUGCAUUAUUAGAGCAAGGACCAUUUGAUGGAAUAUUAGGUUUUUCACAAGGUGGAUCAUUUGUUUCUAUUUUAUGUGCAAUGCAACAAAAAAAUGUUUUAUCAAGCAAAUUUGAUUUUGCUAUUAUUAUAUCUGGUUUUAAAUCACUUUGUCAGCCACAUCAAAUGUUUUAUGAUGAACAAAUAAUGUUACCAACAUUACACGUGUUUGGAGAUAGUGACAAAGUAAUUCCAACAAAAAUGGCUAAAGAACUGAGUGAAUUAUUUGUAAAUAAACAGGUGGUUCUACAUGACGGUGGACACUACAUUCCUGGGAAAAAACACAUAUAUGCCAAUUUUUUGAAAGAAAUGUUUGAGAAAAAAUAUAUUAAUGAGAAGACAAAUGUAUUUGAAUAA